UCGAUAUCUAAUCUGUAAUCAUCUUAUACCUCUUUACAGGUACUGUUAUACUGAAUCUGUGUCUUAUUAUAACUACUUCCAUAGUUAACUAAUUAUAAUAUCCUGCAUAUACUUCCAUCCAAUAAAUGAGAAGAAAAUUAACUUACACCAAACAGAAAAAAAACUUCAAAUAUAAAUAUCAACUGCCAUCAACUAUCAACUAUCAAUUGAUAUAUUUUAAUCAGUUAGGUUUUGAUAACAAUUCAAUUAACUUUAUAAUAUAUAAUUUACAAUGGCUGGUGCAGGUCCAAAAACUUAUCUGGGAUGGUGGGGUUACUUAGGUAGUCCAAAACAAAAACAUAUCACUUCAUACACUGUAUCUCCAUUUGCUACCAAACCAUUUAAAGGAGCUUUAUAUAAUUCUGUAUUCAAUACUUUCAGAAGAACCAAGAAUCAAUUCCUUUACGUUGCAUUACCAUUCUCCAUUGUCUGGGCUGUCUGGGCUAACGCUAGAGAUUAUAAUGAAUACUUAUAUACUAAAGAAGGUAGAGAAGAAUUAGCCAGAGUUAAUGUUUAGAUUAUUUACCAUUAUUUGAUACUUAGUUGCUAUCAUAUCAUAUCAUAUCAUAUCAUAGCAUAUCUAAUGAAACUAUUCAAUAUCUAGUACAAUAACAUCAUAUCAUAGCAUAUCACUUUUCCUAUUUUUUUAUAACGUUCAUUGCCUCUUUUAUCAUAUUUAUUUCAAAAACUUUAUGUAAAGAUGAACUAAUUGAAGUUUCAUUUUCCAUUCAUCCCAUUGUCAUUGAUUUAUCCUGUUUAUCAUAUACUAUACUGGAUGAGUUAGUUAUUUAUCUAAAAUUGUUAUAUAUUACACUCGAUAUAUCAAAGACUGUUUUCUUAAUAUACAAUUAAACAUCAUGUUAAAAACAAAAAUUUU